AUGAAGGGUUCGGUGAGGGGAACCGAGACCUCCCUCUCCCGGACACAGGGAUAUAAUCCCCCUUCCAGGAUCGGGAGGGAGGUGCACGGUCCUUCCCCCAACGCUCCCCUCCGUCCUCCCGUUCCCGGUGACGCGCCUGAUCCGCGAGGCCGCCAAGACCACAAGCUGGUGGAGCAGGAGCUGGCACACGCUGUCAACGCCAGCGCCACGGUGCUGACCAAGGCCAAGCUGUCCAGCCCUGAGUUUUGGAGUCGCAGCACAGCCGUGGAAAUUGUCAACAGCAGCAAAGUUCUCCAGGCAGAGACAACCAUGCUUCUGGAUGGAAAACAUCUGUCCGAGUUCCCUGAGGAAGAGGGGCUCCGCUUCACCCUGAACAGCCUGAGUGCUGAGCUCCACAAACUGGAUGACAUCCACAGGAUCUGUCCACUCACGCACUGUGCCGAGGAGGAACACGGGAUGUCAAGUGUACGACUCCUGAAGCAGAAUCGCCAGGCAACCGAUGAUCUUUUCCGGCCCCUAACCUUGACCGCCGCGAGUGAGGAGAUGCCGUCGUCUUAUCUGCCUGCACCCGCUGUCCUGACUGCGGCGUAGGCGGCAAGGAUUAGCUGUUUUGCGUUUCCUUACUGUGCUUUUUUUUUCGAAGCGGUGUCACUCGCAUUGCUCCUCCACUGGCCUGCUGUGCUCAUGAAAGAGCUUAUAAUUAUGUCAUUUUGUCAUAAACAGUGUCUACACGUUGCUUGUAUGCAGCAGACUACAGCCAUCUUUUAGAAACAACACGAUGGAAACCGCCUUCAGACUGAAAUUAGACUUUUUGUGGACAUCUUGUUUCUACGCCACGCAACCUUCAAUGACACCAGAAGCCGAUGUGCAGAAAUCUUGGACGUUGAACAGAAAAGAAAAACAUUGAAUGUAUUUGUGUGUCGAGCUGUUAAUAAUCCAUCCAUUUUCUCAGCCGCUUCUCCUCACUAGGGUCGCGGGCGUGCCGGAGCCUAUCCCAGCCGUCAUCGGGCAGGAGGCGGGGUACACCCUUAACUGGUUGCCAGCCAAUCGCAGGGCACAUACAAACAAACAACCAUUCGCACUCACAUUCACACCUACGGGCAAUUUAGAGUUGUCGAUUAACCUACCAUGCAUGUUUUUGGGAUGUGGGAGGAAACCAGAGUGACCAAAGAAAACCCACGCAGGCACGGGGAGAACAUGGAAACUCCACACAGGCGGGGCCGGGGAUUGAAUCCGGGUCCUCAGAACUGUGAGGCUGACGUUCUAACCAGUCGUCCACUGUGCCGCUGCUGUUAAUAAUACUACUGAUAAUAAUACUGAUAAUGAUGUGCACAUGCAAGGUGCUGAAGUGGUUUUUACUUUGUUUGGUUUGUUGUGACCUCAACUAAAGAGGUCAUGGGGGUGGUUCAUGAUCAGCUGACUCUAGAUGUAAUGCAUCAAUUUGAAUGUUUGCUUUGCCAGUUGUUCCCAAUUGUUCUUAUCGUCUUGCUCUCGUGGGUUUGCUGUCCAAUCCCCCACCACCCACAGGUCCCCCCAACCAUCCCCCCCGUGCGUUCAUAAACACGAUUGGAUCCAUCAAGAAAUCAAGUUGGCCAAAUAGACAAAUUCGUCGUUUGCAUAAGCAGGUUUAGUCUAAGCUGAUGCUUGCUGUGAGGGGCAUACUAAACGAUAGCGCGUGCAGGAACAUGCUCGUUUCCGCUCACGGUCGAGCAUCGCCAAGCUCCACUGUCGUCGGGUGCAGUUUCUGCAUCCAGUGUGCGCUGCUGCCUUUUUGCCUUCAAGGCUUUUGUGGUGUUGUGCCAAGUAGAGCGACACACUCCAGCGGUGUGUGCAAUGUGGCGUUCAUUUCAAGUUUACUGUGUCUGGGCUCGCACUUUACAGACUCCUUGAUGUAGGGAAAUGCGCGUGUACACGCGUUUACGUCAAAUUAGGUGAAGAAUAUGAAUUUGUAUUUGUGAUGAACUAUUAAAUAUGUAAUGUAAAAAUGCACGCCCAUCGAUGUGAUCCAUGGCUGUGGCGUUCCUGCUCCUGUGUCCACUGAUGCGCCGGGCAAACGUGUUACCAUGGUAACCACGUUAUCCAUUUGAAGCUUAAAGCUAAAGCUUAAGUAGACUCAUGAAUCACUUAUUGAUGAAAAUAAAAUGUUUGUCUACAAUGUGUAACUUUUUGAAAUUGUAUCAUCAACUUGUUCUGAACAUGUGAUUGCAACGUGUAUAUUGGUUUUAAAAAGAAAGCUCAUGUAUAUUUAAUUUUAUCAAUGAUUGUUUGAAUGUAAUUUAAUGGGGUUAACAAUGAUUCCGCAAUGUGGGGUGUUUGCACGAGUGUGUGCGUGUUGCUAGUUGUUCUGUCAUGUAACAAAGAUAAGCUUUGGAAAUUAAAAUGACUUGAUGAUGUGAUAAAUGUGCGACUGCUGCUGCUUCCAACGUGUCUGACUUAAAAGUAAGUUUUAUUAAUACCCGCAUGUCAGUUUGUUCGGUUUGUAUGAAAAUGUUUGCCGCAGCUUCUCCCUACAUACAUUGUGACCAACAAAGCUGACACAAUAUGAAGUUGUCAUUUCUCUUAAUUGUUGAUUAAUUAAAUGUUUAGAGUGAGGAGCUAUAAAGGUGUUCUGUCAUAAACUGACUUUGCUUCUUUUCCCAACAAAAC